CCCCCCCGUGGGCGACACGGAGGGAGGGAAGCCGGCCCGCGCCGCCUUUCAAGGGCGAGGCGCCCCGGAGCCGCGUCCUCCCCGCCGUGAGCCGGCCCAGACCGAGGGAAGCCUCGCCCGCGAAGAGCAGCAGCCUUUCUCCGCCGUCGCCAUGGCCGAAGCAGAUAUUGCGUUGAUUGGCCUUGCAGUCAUGGGUCAGAAUCUCAUCCUCAAUAUGAACGAUCAUGGUUUUGUGGUGUGCGCUUUUAACCGGACGGUCUCCAAGGUGGACGAUUUCCUUGCGAACGAGGCCAAGGGCACCAAAGUGAUCGGCGCUCACUCCUUAGAGGAAAUGGUUUCAAAGCUGAAAAAACCCCGCCGGGUCAUGAUGCUGGUCAAGGCCGGGAGCGCCGUGGAUGACUUCAUCAACAAGUUGGUGCCGCUGCUUUCUCGUGGGGAUAUCAUUAUUGAUGGAGGAAAUUCCGAAUACAGAGAUACAACGAGACGCUGCAAGGAACUCAAGGAAAAAGGCAUCUUGUUUGUGGGGAGUGGAGUAAGUGGGGGUGAAGAAGGAGCCCGAUACGGACCCUCCCUGAUGCCAGGUGGAGCGAAAGAAGCCUGGCCUCACAUCAAGACAAUAUUUCAGAGCAUCGCAGCCAAAGUAGGAACCGGGGAACCGUGUUGUGACUGGGUGGGAGAUGAAGGAGCUGGGCAUUUUGUGAAGAUGGUGCAUAACGGGAUUGAGUACGGUGACAUGCAGCUGAUCUGUGAGGCUUACCACCUCAUGAAGGACGUGCUGGCCAUGGACCACGACGAGAUGUCCAAGGUGUUUCAGGAAUGGAAUAAGACCGAGCUGGAUUCCUUCCUGAUUGAAAUCACAGCCGAGAUCUUGAAAUUCCGUGACACGGAUGGAAAACAUUUGCUUCCUAAAAUCAGGGACAGCGCCGGGCAGAAAGGAACGGGAAAAUGGACAGCGAUUUCCGCUUUGGAAUACGGCGUUCCCGUUACUCUCAUAGGAGAGGCUGUUUUUGCCCGGUGUUUGUCUUCGCUCAAGGACGAGAGGAUGCAAGCCAGCAAACUCCUGAGUGGUCCCAAAGCGCAGGCGUUUAGUGGGAAUAAGGCAACGUUCCUGGAGGACAUUCGUAAAGCCCUCUAUGCUUCCAAGAUCAUUUCCUACGCCCAGGGCUUCAUGUUACUGAGGCAAGCCGCCAAGGAGUUUGGCUGGACCCUAAAUUACGGCGCAAUUGCAUUAAUGUGGCGUGGAGGCUGCAUCAUCAGAAGUGUUUUCUUGGGCAAAAUUAAAGAAGCUUUUGACCGAACCCCCGAUCUACAAAAUUUACUCCUAGAUAUCUUUUUUAAGACGGCAGUGGAGGAUUGUCAGGACUCAUGGCGACGUGCAAUUAGCACUGGGGUCCAGAUGGGAAUCCCGAUGCCCUGCUUCACCACAGCACUAGCCUUUUAUGAUGGAUACAGACAUGGCACUUUGCCUGCUAACCUGAUUCAGGCUCAGAGGGAUUAUUUUGGCGCCCACACCUACGAAUUGUUGUCAAAACCGGGCGAAUUCGUUCACACCAAUUGGACGGGGCACGGGGGCACCGUCUCCUCUUCGUCUUAUAACGCCUAAACGAUGGAAACCCCGUA